CGGAUGCACAAAGUUGGGAUGUCCUCUGAGCGUACUUCCCUCGCACGGUACCGAUUUGUUCCUACUCUCAGCUAUGUCGUCUGGUACUGUCACUCUCAACGAUGGAAAUGAGUUCCCCAUAAUAGCUUUUGGCACGGGAUCCACCAUGAAAUUCAAGGAUGUCACAGACUACGUGGGCCAGGCCAUCGAGAACGGAUUUUCUCAUAUCGACACCGCACAGUAUUAUCAGACAGAAACCUACGUGGGCCUAGCCAUCAAGGAGAGCGGUCUUCCUCGCUCGAGUCUGUAUAUCACUACUAAGUACAGCUUUGGUGCAUCACCGCGGGAGGCUAUUCAACAAAGUCUGAACAAAAUUGGCCUUUCAUAUGUUGAUUUGUAUAUGGUGCACUCUCCGGAAGUCCUUUCUGACUUUGAAUCUGGGUGGCAAGAAUUUGAGAAAAUGCAGAAAGAUGGAUUGACAAGGAGUAUUGGCGUCAGCAACUUUACUGUAGAGGACCUUCAGAAACUUCUGAAGACUGCGGUUACGAAACCCGCCGUCAACCAAAUUCGAUUCCAUCCGUAUAAUUAUGCAUCGCACAAAGCUUUGCUCGAAUACUGCGCAAAGCAGAGUAUCACGGUGGAAGCAUAUGGAAGCUUGACCUCUAUCACACAGAACCCUGGAGGACCGGUCGAUGCGGUAGUCAACGCCGCUGCUAAGCGUAUAGGAGCAACUCCGAAUCAAGUGAUUUUCUCUUGGGUCAGAAGUAAAGGUGUAGCAAUCGUCACGACGAGCCGGAGCAAGGAACGCCUUCAAGAGUACCUUGCCGUCGAAGAUCUUCCCCCACUCACCGCUGAAGAAAUCGCUGCCAUCGAUGACGCUGGUGCUAAAGGCCCUCCCUCCAAGUUAGUUGUUGCGAGGAUUGCAAUGCAACACAAAUUCGAAAGGUCUCCAUCGUUGGUCAUGUGGCUGGCUAUUGCAAUUGUAUUUAGCUUUGCAACGUUUUUCGUUGCGAGAGCCAAAGCACUCGAUUGACUGGUCGAUG